CAUCGGUCACCAUGACAGCGGCCGCGGGGAGCCCGGGGUCUUGGAGUGAAAACGUCCUGGAAUAUUUUCUGAGAAAUAACCAGAUUACAGCGAGAGAUGGCGCGGAGAUCACCUGGUAUCAUGCCGCCAAUCACAAGGCAAGGAUGAAGGAGGCGCUGCAAAGUGCUGUUCACAUGAUAGAGGCCGAUGUCAUUCUUCCCGAAGAUGGAUCCGAACACGGCCAGCCAAUCAUGGCACAUCCUCCUGAGGUGAGCAGCGAUAACACUCUCCAGGAGUGGCUGGCUGCAGUUGUGAAAAGCAAUAAAGGCAUCAAGCUGGACUUCAAGAGUCUGGCAGCUGUAGAACCAUCCAUGAUGCUCUUGGGAAACAUGAAGAGGUACCUGAAGCGCCCCGUGUGGAUCAACGCUGAUAUUCUACCUGGUCCAAAUGGAAGUGGCAGAGUGGUGGACGCAAAACCAUUUCUAGACACUGUGACCUCCUUCUUUCCAGAUGUGACGUUUUCCCUGGGCUGGACCACCGGAUGGCAUCCUCAGAAAGUCAACGAAGGUUACAGUUGGCCCAUGGUGAAAGAGAUGGACGACAUAUGUAGUGACCUGAGUCAGCCGGUAACAUUUCCGGUCAGAGCAGCAUUAGUCAGACAGUCUUGUUCGCAGUUACUGUGGCUCUUAGAGAAAUCCAGCAGGUACAGCCUGACUAUUUGGACCGGAAAAGAGGAUAACUAUGCUGUUGAAGAUUUGCUUUGUGUUAGAGACCUCUUUGAUAAAAGCCAAGUUUUCUAUGACAUCUUAGAGCCACAAAGCCAUGAAUUCAAACAAGCCAUUGGAAUCAAAGUUAACCUCUAAGAAGAAGGUUCUUGGAAAUCAUUUCCUAUGUCUUGAUUUCAUAAAGCAACCUUGCUGCGAUCUGAUAAAUGACCAUUGAAAUUAUGAUUAUUGAUUUAUGCUAUAAUUCAGCCAGUCAGAAACCACAUAAGAGUGCUUACUCUAGUAGGAAUAUGUCCUUAUAACACUACGUUUACAUAAGAGACUUACAAAGAAGAGACUUCAAUCUAAUAUAUAAGUAAUUACUAGUCUAGUUGUUAAUAACUUAGUUAAUUAUUAAUAUAAUAAGUCAGGAAACAUUAAAUAAUAUAGGAAAAGGAUGCUCUGAAACUCAUAAAAAAUAAUUUUGAUCUGCGAAGGUGAUGAAAAAAUUCACACAUCAUAAAGUUCCACUGCCUUCAAGUCAGUUCCAACCCAUAGCCACCCUAUGUAUGAGAGCCGGUAUCUUCCACACAAAAUGACCCCAAGAAAGUAUAGCACACACUCCUGUGUUAUGGAGAACUGGUUAUUGCAGAGAUUCAAGUAAAAGAUCAAGGCGCCUGCAAAAUAUGUUGACCAUUUCCAGGAGAGAGUUUUGUUAUUGUUAGGUGCCAUCAAGUUGGCUUCACCCCACAGCGACCCUAUGCACACGGAACAAAACA